GCGUGUGAGUGGCAGUGUCGUUCCUAUAAAAGCCAUAUCAUACACAUCACCCCAUUAUCUCUGGAUCCACAGUCCUUUUUAUGUUUUAAGAUUCUCCUUUUCAAAAUUCAACUUUUCUCCAUAAACCUCCAAAACCCCUUCUUCUAUUCGCACCGUUUACACCCCUUCAAUCAAGUUUCAAGCUUUCAGCUAAAAACCCUAUCUUUCUGCUAUCUCAAUGUUCAAGGGUCGUCUCUAAUACAAUCAUACACUCAAUUGAUCUUUCUUUUACAAACUACGAUGGAAUUGAUUUCAGGUCUACCGGAGGACGUAGCCCGAGACUGUUUAAUUCGGAUUUCGUACGAGCAGUUUCCGGCGGUUGCAUCCGUCUGCAAAGGGUGGCAGACGGAGAUUCAGUUGCCAGAGUUCCGCCGUCAGAGGAGGAGCACGGGGCACGCACAGAAAAUCCUCGUCACGGUCCAAUCCAAAGUUGACUCUGAAAAAUGCGGUGGUGGUUUACUCGUCAAGGCCACCACGAACCCGGUUUACCGACUCAGCAUAUUCGAACCGAAAACCGCUUCAUGGAGUGAGUUACCCACGGCACCCGAAUUCGCUUCCGGGUUACCCAUGUUCUGUCAAAUAGCAGGAGUCGGGUACGAUCUUGUGGUAAUGGGCGGGUGGGACCCAGAUUCGUGGAAAGCGUCGAAUUCGGUUUUUAUUUACAAUUUUAUGUCGGCCAAGUGGCGCCGUGGGGCCGACAUGCCAGGUGGGCCACGCAUGUUCUUCGCAUGCGCGUCUGAUCAUGAUCAUACGGUGUACGUUGCGGGCGGGCACGACGAGGAGAAGAACGCGCUGAGAUCUGCGUUUGCGUAUGACGUGGAAAGGGACGUGUGGGUCACGCUCCCGGACAUGGCGAGGGAGCGCGACGAGUGCAAGGCCGUGUUCCGCCGCGGCACGCUCUGCGUCGUUGGCGGUUACUGCACGGAGAUGCAGGGGCGGUUCGAGCGUAGCGCCGAGGCUUUCGAUGUUGCCACGUGGAAGUGGGGCCCCGUGGAGGAUGAGUUUUUGGAUGAUGCUACGUGUCCGCGCACGUGCGUGGACGGUGGUGAUGCGGAGGAGGGGAGAAUGUACAUGUGCAGGGGCGGUGACGUGGUGGCUUUGCAUGGUAACGCGUGGCGAACGGUGGCGAAGGUUCCGGCUGAGAUUAGGAACGUUGCGUGCGUGGGCGCGUGGGAAGGAGCGCUGUUGUUGAUUGGGUCGAGUGGGUUCGGGGAACCGCAUGUGGGCUUUGUGUUGGAUCUGAAGAGUGGUGCUUGGGCUAAAAUGCUGAGCCCAGAUGACUACACGGGCCACGUACUGUCUGGUUGCUUUUUGGAAAUUUAAGGCUUAAGUUUUGUUUUGGCGCGGUUAUAUGUAUAUAUAUAUAUAUUAUAGAUGAAGCAACAUUUUUGUUUUCAUUUGGUUGCUUUUCCUAGUGCUUACUCCUAAAAGCUUGAUCAUUUUUCUUUCGCUGGCUUUUAAAGAGUUUUGUAUAUAUAUAUAUAUGACUAUGGUGUGCUCAUUAAUCGCAGUGCAUUACACACUUAUCCUUUUGUUUAGGGUUAUUAGAAACAAAAAUGUUACAAAUAAAAAACCAAUCCUUCUUGUUUUAUUUUCCCAAAUUCUUUGCUCCUUCUCAACAAGCUUAUAUUAAACGUAACAAAUAAUACAAAACAAACAUCAAUUCCUCGUUAGCAACAUACUAUUGCGGAUUUGAGGGAAUGUUAAUAAAAAAGCACAGGAACGAGUCACAUCCUUAUAACUGAUGGGUCUUCUUUUAUAAUUAGGGUUGACAGAUUGUGUCUGCUCAAUCAAGGCUAAUUCGUUAUUCUCUCAGGGUAAACUACAUGAUUUCUGAUCGAUGAACAACGCAUGCUUCCGUGUGAAUGCAAAGCUGCAAAUUUUCUAACUCAAUCAAACAAACCCGUCCUAAUUCGUGCCUAAUUAGCCUUGAUUUUAGUUAUAAUUAAACUUAUGAAUAAAACUUAUCUUGUAUAAAUCCACAAUAUUGGUUGAGUAAGCUGUGAAGGGUCUUUUUUGAACAAAUGAUUUCCUUUUCAAGUAAGACAAAAAAGUCACUAAAAAAUGUCAAAACAAUAUGCUGUUAGUGUGAAGGCUGCACUAGUUGGGCGCUUGCAUAAGUCAAGUGUCCACAACAAAUUUUCUCCAAGUUGGAUCAUAGGUUGAGCAUUCCAGGGAUAGAGACAAAAAGUGACCAGAUGAAAUGUAGAGAUAAGAAGUAAUAACUUGUAAAUUGACAUCUUUUUUUUUUCCCCCUUAGCUUAGCAUUUGCUGCUGUAAUUAUAAAUUAGAGAUGUGGAUUAAGUAAUCUAUUGAAAGUAUAGAUUACUUAAUCCAUACUUUUAUUAAAGCAGUUCAACUACUUAAUGAUGGUGUUUCUGUUAUUUUACUGUAAAAGCAUUUGAAUUGCUUUUUUUUUUUUUUUUUGUCUUCUUUCCAGUGCAAUUGUACAGUAAAGUGACUAUUCUAUCAUAGAUUUUUAAUAGUUAAUUUAAUAUUAUAAU